AUGCAAAAAAUAAGUGAAAGUAAAGAUUCCGUUAAAGUCUCUGUGCGAGUGAGGCCACUUAAUGCACGAGAGGGUAGUGAUAGUUGCUCAGUGGUGGUUAGGGCGAACCAGCAGAGCAGUCAGGUGAGAAUUAGUUCACACGCAGCCAACAAAGACCAAAAGAGUGCCGUAAAUACGUUUCAGUUUGAUAAUGUUUUUUGGUCCCUUGAAACCCCUGACGAGUCUGGUGGCCGUCCUGCCGGGCAGCUGGAGGUGUACGAGGCGAUAGGACGACCGCUUGUGCGCCACGCUUUCAAUGGAUUCAACUCAUGCCUAUUUGCAUACGGGCAGACUGGCAGUGGGAAGACAUACACGAUGAUGGGUGGUGACACGACAUCACUUGGUGGUGUGGACGCUGGCGUAACGCCACGACUGUGUCUGGAGCUUUUUCAGACGCGUGAGCAAAUCGAGGCGGAGGGCCACUCAAAGUGGACGGUGGAGGUUGGAUACAUCGAGGUGUACAAUGAGCGGGUGUCGGACCUGCUUGCGAAGCGCAAGAAGGGCUCAAAGGAGGAGGUGUUUGUGGAGGUGCGUGAGCACCCGACGAGGGGUGUGUUCAUUGAGGGUCAACGGUUCUGCGAGGUGUCGUGCCUGGGGGACGUUGUUGAGCUGAUUGAGGCGGGAAACCGCGUGCGCCACACAGCGGCUACUAAGAUGAAUGACCGCAGCAGUCGCAGCCACGCGAUUUUCAUGCUAAUGCUGCGCGAAGAGCGGUCGAUGGUGACUGCAACGGGGCAGACGAUCACUACAGCUGGCAAGAACAGUCGGAUGAAUCUUGUAGACCUCGCCGGGUCAGAGCGCGUCGCGCAGUCUGAGGUUGUUGGACAGCAGUUUAGCGAGGCGCGGUACAUCAACCUCUCGCUGACGACGCUUGGGCGUGUGAUUGACAUGCUAGCCGAUAUGGCAAAAAACGCGGACAGCCAGUGGUCGAUGCCACCGUACCGUGAGUCUAAGCUGACGUUUAUUCUGAAGGAUUCGCUUGGUGGCAAUUCGAAAACAUUCAUGAUUGCGACGAUCAGCCCGAGCGUGAUGAACUAUGAAGAGACACUGAGCACAUUGCGCUAUGCUUCCCGAGCGCGUGACAUUGUCAAUGUGACGAAGGUGAACGAGGACCCGCGUGCACGGCGCAUCCGCGAGUUGGAGGAGCAGAUGGAACAGAUGCGACGGGAUAUUCAGGGUAAGGACCCUGCGUAUGUGGCGGAGCUGGAGGAGAAGCUUGUGCUCCUGGAGGCAGAGGCCCAGAAGCGUGCUGCGGAUCUCCAGGCUCUGGAGAAGGAGCGCGAGAAGAACGAGAUCCGUGAGAAGAUGCUGCGUGCGACGGAAGCAGAGCGCCAGGAGUUGCUGGGAAAGGCUAGUGAACUCGAGCGGCAGGUGGAUGAGUCGCGAAGGCAAGCGGAGUACUACGAGCAGAUGAACCAGCGGCUGAAGGAGGAGCAUGCCCAACGUGAACGUGAGCUUCUGGAGCAAGUGAAGAAGCAUGAAGCCGAGAUGGAGAGCGUUCGGCGGCGAAAGGAUGCUGAAUUGGUGAGCGGGCAGGAGCAAUUACGCAAGACGAUGCAGGAUCUCGAGCGUGAGCGGUCGCAGCGCGAAGAUGCGUUGCGUAUACUCAGUGAGCAGCAGGCACAGCUGAGCGCGGCGUUGAGUGACUCGCGGCAAUCAGAAGAGCAGCGUGCAGAGCUGCAGCGUCAGAACGCGGAGCUUUCUGAGCGUAUGAGGCAGCUUGAGUCGGAACGCGAGACACAGCAGCGCUUAUUGCACGAUCUGGAGCGGUUUCGCGACGAGUGUGACGCCCUGGAGCAGGCUGUAACAUUGCUACGCACCGAAUUAAUGGAGAUGGAGGCACGCUACAAGGAGACGGUAUUCUACCAGGAUUCGGUAUUGGACCUAUGGAUCGAGUGCGUAAAUGGGAUAGUGGGGCGCCUCGCCGUAGAACACGAAAAUGAAUUAAACCACAACGCGCAGAGCUACGCUGACGAUCGCGCCAAGGCAGAGUGCAGGUGGGAUGCAGAGCUUAAAGAGCAACAUGCUGCCCUUUCUAGUGCCCACGAAGCAUUGACCGAACUGCAGCAACGACUAGAUCAAUCCACAACUGAUCAGCAGCAUCUGCACAAGGAACUUGACGCCCUUAAACGACAUAACAAGGCACUCUUGGAAGAGCAACAAGCAAUGGAGCAGGCGAAG